GAGCGGAGCGCUGCUUGAGGAUCGCGGCCAGGAUGGCUCUGCGCUCUGCGCCCCUCUGGCUCCUGGUGCUGCUGGCGGUCACCCUACAGGAGAGCUGCGUUGGUUCCUCUUUGCACUCCCUCAAACAUUUCCACAUCACCACCUCGGACCCCAGUCAGGGGCUGUUCCAUUUUGUCUCUUUGGGGUACGUGGACGGCCAACUCUUCACUUCCUAUGACAGCAACAGCCGGAGGGUGAAGCCUCGAGUCUCCUGGGUAGAGAAGGUGGGGAAGGACGACCCCCAAUACUGGGACACCCAGAGCCAGAUAGGACACAGCAAUGAGGAAUUGUCCAGAGAUGACCUGCAGACUCUGAGGAGUCGAUACAACCAGAGCAAAGGCCUGCACACGUGGCAGCGGAUGUAUGGCUGUGAGCUCCAGAGUGACGGGAGCAAAGGAGGGUUUCACCAGUAUGGUUACGAAGGGAGGACCUUCCUCACCUUCGACAAGGAGACCCUCACCUGGGUGGCUUCUGACCCCCAGGCCCAGAUCACCCAGAGGAAAUGGGAUGCUCUUCCAGGAUGGAAUCACAGAAAGAAAGCCUACCUGGAGGAAAUCUGCAUUGAGUGGCUGGAGAAGUUCUUGUCCUACGGGAAGGAGAUGCUGCUGAGGACAGAGCCCCCAGUGGUGACAAUGAUCAGCAGGAUGGAGGAGGAGGAUGGGAUGGAGAUGCAUGUCUGCCAGGUCCACGGCUUCUACCCCAGGGAGAUCGAUGUCUCCUGGACGAGGGACGGGGAGGUCUGGCUGGAGGACACCAACCACGGGUUUCUGGCCCCCAACGCGGAUGGGACCUACCACUACUGGCUCAGCAUCCGGAUCGAUCCCAAAGAGAGGGGCCGCUAUCGGUGCCACAUGGAGCACGAGAGCCUGCAGGAGCCUCUGGACUUGGAACUGAAGGAACCAAAAUCCAACAUGGGCCUCAUCAUUGGCUGCGUUGUGGCUGCUCUUUCCCUGAUGUGUGUGAUUGUUGGGACUUUGAUAUUCUUCAAGAGACGUCAAGAUGGCUACAAUGCAGCACCCAGAAGCAACCAGGUCAUUUAGCUGCCCCCUCGCAGAAGGAGUGGACGCUCCCAGCAUGAGGAGAGAGGAGAGAAGAUGGGAUCGACCUUCCUCUGAAUUAGGCCGGACUCUCAGGAGGAGCCUUCAGGGCCUCCCAACAUGCAGGAACCCGGAUGUAUUUUGGGUCUUUCGUGAUGGCUUUUAUCAUUGAAUCUGUAACCGUUUUUAUUUUAAUUGAGGAAGCGAAGAAGAAAGAAAAUCUUACGUGUUUAUAAUUGUGGGAUCAAAAGGACUCAACUUGGGUUUAGUAGAUAUUUUUUUUAUUUAUUUGUAUCCUGCCGAAGGUAUCAAAGAUACCCAACACACCUUCCUCCUCCUCCUCUUUUCCCCACAACGACAACCCUGUGAGGUGAGCUGGGCUGAGAGGGAGGGACUGGCCCAAGGUCACCCAGCUGGCUUCCAUGGCUGACGCAGGACUUGAACUCACGGUCCCUUUCUAGCUUGGUGCCUUAACCACUAGGAAAAACUGCCUUGUAUAGCUUGUAAUGGCUCUCUAAUAGAGCUUGAUGCAACCAUGUUGUUAUUUCCGAUGACCUUUAAUGGUUUCAGAGAAGGGUUCCUGGAGAAUGGGGGGAGGAGAAGGAUGAAGAGUUGUUGCUGUUAUUUUAAGGGAUAAGUUAUGAAUCUUCAUCAUCCUUGCUUGGGUUGAAAGGGGAGAUUUGUUCCUAUCUCUUUAUUUUAUUUUUUUUAUUAGUUGAAUAAUAGAUAGUAUUCAUAAUGCAGGCCUGUCAAACAGGCGGCCGUGGGCCGGAUAAGUCACGCGCAGGCCACGCCCACCCUGGCUCAGCAAAGGCAAGAGAGUCGCGAUACGUCACAAUCCGGCCCAUGACUUGAGUUUGACACCCCUGGUAUAAUCUGUAAUAGAAUCUGGGGGGAAAAAAUUCUUUUAAAAAAGAAGUGUGCCUUCUGAGAUUUAUGCCAUUCAAGUAGUUAAUGUAUUUCAAUUUUUUUUUAAAUUAAACUUGACCAUAGUAUUUCAUCAUCCAAAGUUUGACAAAUAAUUAAUAUACCCAAGUAUACCAUUCAAACACUAAAUUUUUGCAGAUCGUCAUUUCUGGAUUUUCAUGCUUUAGAAAACUGUUAUUGAUUAUUAAAUUGAUUACAUGAGAUCAAUUGCACAGCCGGGCUGCUACCUCCUUAAGUAUUGUACAUAUCUUGUAAAGUUUGCCAAAACUGUUGGCCGAAAAUAAAUGCUUUUGCUUUCUUCC